UUUCGGGUUCCGGUGCAGUGCCUUAUCAAUGGUGGUGUGGUGGCAAGCACGCCGCGUUCACAAGCCUCCGACCGAUUCUGGGAUGCCUUCCAGGGGAGCUGGUACCGCGAGAAGGACAAUAGCUGUGUCGGAGAGAUUUACGGGAACAGCAUGAUCUCGCAUAUCCAAUGGAAAGUCCCAAAAGCAAAAACGCCACUGGAGCGCCUCAACGAUAAUACGGUUUUGAUAGAAAUUGAGGGCCAUAUCACCACAGGCACAGUCCGUCGAGAGGGACAAGUGACCAUACUGUGGAUUGAUGGUGAUGUUUGGCUGUUGAAGUGA